GGAGGAAAGGAGCAGGGAGUCUCCUCCUUCAGUGUGUCAGCAUCGCAUGGAGCAGGGCUACACUUUGCGCGUCUAUUCUUAGUUUGCCUGCAGAUUUACAUUACUUGAAAAGUGCUCACCACGAGUGCAUCUGAUUUAUUCAAAUUAAUGUGACCCAUUUUGACAACGCGAACGGGUUUCGAGCGGAGCCGCUGUGGUAUUAAUUUGCCGCCGUUAAACUCCUGUCUUCUUCCAUAACGCCCAUCGUUCUCGCGUACGGGCUUUCUUCCAUUUCAUCAGCGUAAUGCGAUCCCAGCGGUCGAGUGUUGUAGGGAGGAAGAGGCGGGUGAAUGUUGUUUUUCUUCGCUGAGGGAAUAGGCUAACAAUAGAGGGCUAACCGUCUGUGAUAGCUGUCCCGCAAACGGUGGGACGCUGCCGACACCGACCGGGGUCCAGAUGCUGAGCCCGGGCAGGAUGGAGGAGUUCGAGACUGAGGAAGAGGAGCCAUGGUACGAUCAGAGAGACCUGGAACAGGACCUGCACCUGGCAGCAGAGCUGGGAAAGACGCUGCUGGAGCAGAACAGGGAGCUGGAGGACUCUCUGCAGCAGAUGUACAUGACCAGCGAGGAACAAGUGCAGGAGAUCGAGUACCUGUCCAAACAGCUGGAGAUGCUGCGGGAGAUGAACGAACAGCACGCGAAAGUCUACGAGCAGCUGGACGUGACGGCACACGAGCUGGAGCUGACCAAUCAGAGCUUGGAGCACGAGAGCAAGGCCUCCCAGGAGAAGAUUGAGAGGUUGACCGGGACGAUGGAGAUGCUGCAGGGCCAGGUGGAGGCGCUGACAGCACAGGUGGAGGAGCUGCGCUCCCUGGAGCAGCUGAGGUUCCGCCGUGAGAAGAGGGAGCGCCGCAGGACCAUCCACUCCUUCCCCUGCGCGAGGGAGCUGUGCAGCGGGCCCAGCUACGAGGACAGCUCCGCGGGGCGGCGUCCCAAGAAGCCGGGGAUGGAGCGCUCCGCCCUGGAGGAGGAGAACGAGCGUCUGCGGGAGGUGGUGUCGUCGCUGCGCUCGGCGAUGAGCGCGGAGCGGGGCCGGCGGGAGGGGGCGGAGCGGGAGUGCGCGGCCAUCCUGCAGGAGCUGGGCCAGCUGGAGCAGCGGCUGCAGGCGGCGGAGAGCUGCCGGCUGCGCGUGCGCGAGCUGGAGGCCGAGCUGCAGGAGAUGCAGCAGCUGUGCCGGCCCCGCGUGCUCGUGCUGGGCGCCGACGAGAGCCUGGCCCAGACGCUGCUGCGCGCCGCCCCCGAGACCGACGCCCCCGAGGGCGCGGCGCCGGGCGGCGAGGACGGCGGCGAGGCCCCGCCCGCGUCCAGCCCCGUGCGCAAGAGCCGCAGCGACACGGCGCUCAACGCCAUCGGCUCGCGGGACGCGGCGGGGCACGGCGGGCGCGGCGGCGCCGGCGGCUACGAGCUCCACGCCCCCGGCGGGCCGCAGCGGGGCAUGUCCAUCCUGCGUGAAGUGGACGAGCAGUACCACGCCCUGCUGGAGAAGUACGAGGAGCUGCUGGGGAAGUGCCGGCGGCACGAGGACAGCCUGCGCCACGCCGGGGUGCAGACGUCCCGCCCCAUCUCCCGGGACCCGUCCGUGAAGGACGCCGCCGGCGCUCUCCCCGGCCCCGCCCCCACCCCCCUGCCCGGCCCCGCCGAGCCCCCGCCGGGCAUCAGCGACCAGGUGGAGGCGGUGGACAAGCGCCUGGGCCAGAACACGCCCGAGUACAAGGCCCUCUUCAAGGAGAUCUUCUCCCGCAUCCAGAAGACCAAGACCCACGUGAAAUCCUCCAAAGCCAAAGCCGGCAAAAGCAGCAAGUGACGCUUCCUCACAGCACUGCUGAGUCCGACACACUUCACUGUGAAGAGAGCGGCCAGUUUUUAAUAAACAUUUGUGUUCCCUGACUGAUCAGUGGAUGUUUGGUUCUGACUCAGUUUAGGCUCUUCCUUCCUUUUCACUAUAGCUAUAAAGAAGCAAAAACCAGUCAUGUUCCUACUUUGAAAUUCUUUAUACGUAUAUAUAUAUAUAUAUACACUCUUUGAUGUUAUCCUUUAGUUACUAACAGUGAUGUGGAGGAAUAAAAGGUGGAAUUCCAGACAGUAGGAGGAGCACACAGUGUAGGCCUUACGCACUUCAGCUGUCUCCAGUACAGACUCUAAGCAGCGCUGCUGCUUUGUGAUUCAUACAGACAGCGCAGUUCAGCUGACACCAGUACAGACUUUAGGCAGUUCAGCUGACACCAGUACAGACUUUAGGCAGUUCAGCUGACACCAGUACAGACUUUAGGCAGUUCAGCUGACACCAGUACAGAUUUUAGGCAGUUCAGCUGACAGCAGUGCAGACUUUAGGAGUCGCAGACUUUUUAGAGCCGCUGCUUUGUGAUCCACACUGACAGUGCGGUUGUUUACAGAGACGCCAGUUCACAUCCAGUGGAAGCACACAUGAUGAGUGCACUCACCUCAUGUGCCAGGAUGUUGUCUGUAAACACUGUCAGUGUUGCACCUGUGAGAUAACACUACUAGCUGUAAUAAGUAAGGAAUUUUGUGUGGUAUAAAUGUACUAACAACUAGACUAUCCUGAGAACGAGAGUUAAUGUUGAUACUGGUCCAAAGUAUUUAUGCAUGAAAAUGGACUAUUUUUGUAACUAGUUCCAGACCAGUUCUUAGCUCUUACCUGCUGUCUGCCCAUAGUUGUGGGCUAUUGGUCGGUGCUCCUAGGGUCACUCAGGGGUCACAGAGUGAGGGAAUGUGGGCAACUUUUUGUGGCAUAUUCUCUUUAUGGAGGAAAGGGAAUGGAAAUACUAAAACAUUCUGAAAUAAAAUCCAGUUGUAACAGUGGUUUUGAUACUAUUAGAGGUAAGGGGUCAUGGUCAGCAUUAAUGGCUGGAUUUAGACUGGAGGGUGCUCAGUGACAUGCUGUGAUCUGUUCCCAUGUUGCACCUGACAUUGCUCUCAGCCAUACAGCAUGUCAGCUAUGACAGCUUUGUGUGUUACAGUCCCCAGCCUGUGAUUAUUUUCCUCCUCACGGGCAGUAAGGAAUGACUCUUAACGGCGUGAAACCCUAACGCUCUGGACGCCGUUGGAUUCCGGAGUGUUUGUGUUUCAGGAAGUCAAUAUGUUACAUGUUAUGUUAGGGCUAUGGCACUGCUGUUUUGCAGAUGUCCAUGUCCAU